AUGAAUAAACUUGCGGCUGAUGUUCCAGAUCCAAAAGAUAUUAGAAGGGUUCCUAAACCCCUCAUGGAAAAACGGAGACGGGAUCGUAUCAACCACAGCUUGGAAACAUUAAGGGUCUUGUUGCUAGAGAACACACAUAAUGAAAAACUGAAGAAUCCUAAAGUCGAAAAGGCGGAAAUCUUAGAAAGUGUGGUUCAUUUUCUAAGAGCUGAACAAGAGUCAGGACCUCAACACCUGUCACUCAAAGGACGAAAAAGAAAUCGCACAGAAGACCACGAACAGGAGCUGAGGUCACCAUGCAAGCGUCGUCAGAGUUAUCAGGAUGGCAUGAGGACCUGUCUGCUGAGAGUCAGCCAUUUUAUUGCAAGUAAAGGCCAAGAGCUGGAGGAAGGGGUUAAAAACAGCUCUGGAGGUUUCCAGCAAAGCACAUUGGAACACUCUGCAUGUACUAAUGGAGAUACUUCAUGUGUAAGUUCUCCAUAUGAAGGAGAUUUACAUCCAGUUCAGCAGUUAGUAACUCAUAUACAGCCAGCCAACCCUUCUGCUGCCCAAAGACAGCCAAUGCUUUCUCCAGGAACACCUCUCUGUUAUCCACCUAUCAGCACAAAGAUGGGUAUCAUCCCUAACCCCUCUUUGGUACUCAAGGACUCUGUGUGGAGGCCUUGGCCACAGUAG